AUAGAAGGGGGAUUGACGACAAUGGUCUUUACUCAACACUGAAGACAAGGACAAGCGAGAAUAUAGCGAGGACGAUACGGCGACGGGGACGAAGUGCCAUCUGCGAAAGCACAAGAGCAAUCGGAAGCCAAGAACGCCGUUCACCACGCAGCAGCUGAUGGCGCUGGAACGGAAGUUUCGCCAAAAGCAGUACUUGAGCAUCGCCGAAAGGGCUGAGUUCUCGAAUUCGUUAAGUUUGACGGAAACUCAGGUGAAAAUCUGGUUUCAGAAUCGAAGGGCGAAAGCCAAGCGGCUGCAAGAGACAGAGGUGGAGAAGCUGAAGUUGGCACACGCACCGGCAGUCAAACCGUUCAUGUCGUCGCUGUUUUCCUUUGGUCCACCGACCGCGCUCCUCUCACCACUCAGAAUGCCGACCAUACCAGACGGACAGAUUUCUUUCGGCGAUUUCAUGGCAGUUAACCACGGCGGUUUCAUUUCUCUACCUACGAUGCCUCCCUACUGA